CCGCUUUCCAGUCCACUGGGAGACCUCUAGUUGCUCAAGCACGGAUACAAUCAGGCUUAGUAGAAUUCCGUUGCCAGAGGAGAACCAGGCGCUCAUUCGAUCUGCAUAAGAUCUCGUGCUCGAGCCGUAAGCUUGCCACCGUCCUGCCUGUCCUUGUUGUCUUCGGAAGCCAAUCCUCAUAUAAACACGGUCGGCAAAAUUGAGCGGCUCAACUCAGUCUGACGGCACUGAACAACCAGGGCAGCCUCGAUCACCUCCUCAAUUGCCGGUUAGGCAUCGCUAAGAACGGCUUCAAUUGCGUCACGAGGAAAGCGGAGUUGUGUAUGAUCAGGCUGAAUUCGCUGAUCCGAGAUUUCUGGCCCUGCUCAAUCGAGGUGAGAUUGGUGCUCGGUGAGUGACGGCGGUGGCUCGUCGUCGGUUGGCGAGUCCCAACCUGGUUGCUAUUCACUCGGUCAAUUUGCCUGAUAUCAUGGCUGCUCUACAAGUAUGUGUAUCUGCAGUGAAGCAGUCCGUGGCCUCUCCGUUGAUGCGUUCCAACAGCAAGGUGCCGUGUACUGCCAGAACACUAUCUGUCCUUCCUGUCUUACCUCGAGUAGCUCGGAAGAGGUGUGGAGUCGCACGAGCGGCUGGUACUGCAGAUGAGAACAUCUGCCCAGACUCGCUACCAGCCAACUUCAGCUGUGUCGAUGCGAACAUGGUGACGUUGAGACGGCGGAUCGAAGGUGUGCGGGUGAAAGAAUCGUUCAUGCACACCCCUGAGGAGUGGAUGGAAUGGGAGAGGUCCUGCUACAACACUUACCGAGCCGACGUGAAUGUUCUGGUGGCAACACUGCAGAGUCACUUGCUCAGCAUGCGCCCGAGCGUAGUUCUAUCCAUCAUUUCCCUCCUCUUCGCCAUCGCUCCCGUGGCGGCUCUUCUCUUCUUCUCUGCUUUGGGUGGGCAGCUCUACUCGAUGAACAACGCACUCCUCGACAUGCUGUCUUCGACCUCGACAACGUACUAACUCUGCAGUCUCGAACGUAAAUCUAGUCAUUCAUUACCCUCGUGAGUAGUGGAAGGGUUGUCAAGAGUAGAAGAAGAUCCGUGACGACACUAGUGAACAAAUCUAGGAAGGAUGUAAAAAAUUUAGUUCUGAUCAUUCUCUCGCGGACCAAGGUGACAUGAUACUGGUGAUCAGAUGUGUACCGAUGCGAGCUGGCUACAAAUCAAUCCGACGACAUUAAAACCGUUAUUUUCAUUCGACCGAAAGGCUUGUAUGAGCUUUCUGUCGACCUUCAGCAGGUCAUCAUUCGGAAGUUCUGACGAGAAAGUGAGACCAUCUUGGGCGAAGGAUCAUAUCAUAGUAUUGGAAAGCAGGUGGUUGCCGUUUAGUAAGAAGGUCCUGUGCAGUUUAUCUUCUGAAAUGAUCACCACUAGUCAGGCGGUUCUGCGAAGCGCUUCGUUGUAAGAAGCACCACCAUUGUAAGAAUAUAACCGUAAAUUUUUAAAGCUAAAAUUAUCCAG